UCAUUCACAACGGCAGGUUGGCAGGUGAAUUCGAGUUCAUAGGCGGGUUGAAGGAGGAGUGUUCACAAGAGGGGCUCGAGGAGCCAAGGCCAGGGGCAGGGGAGGGAGAGUUGGAGCAAAUGCUGCAGGUGGUGGUGGUGGUGAGGGAGACAGAGCACAGAAUGGAAAGGUGGGUCAACCUGGGUCAGCAGCUGCCCGGGGCAGUUGUGUUCGUGAUUGCUGGCAACAAGGGCAGCACAACGCCAUCGACAAGCAGCUCGACACCCUUGCUGAUACUCUCCCCUGAGGCUGCCCAGGAGAUUAACACCCUGUUUGUGAAGAUGGCCAGAGAGGUGGAGGAGAGCAGCAACAGCUCAAGCUCCGGGGAUGCCAUGGAGCACACCUGGAACACAUUCUUCAAGGGCAUGGUAGUGGACAUCGAGUAUUUGCUGGUGUCCCUUCCAUUCUGGAGCACGUGGGUGGAAAGCGACUCGGAACGCAAAGCGCAGUGCCAUGCAACGCUGGAGAAAGUGUCAGAGGUGACAACCAGCAUAUUCAGCUAUGAUUGUGCUGAGCUCUGA